AUGGUCCUGAAUCCUUCCGAUGUCGAGAAGCACAAUAGCGCAAGAUCCUGUUGGCUCAUCAUCCAUAUCAUCCCGGAGGGCAAAGAUUCCACAGGAGACUUCGAUCUGAUUCACUCAAUUGAUAUCUUGGAUAAAUGGCUUGAGCCAUCAAAACAUCUCGGUGAUGUCGAUACAAGUGUGGUCGCAAAUGAAGACCCAACACCAAAAGCCAAAGAAGGAAGCCAGAAAGACUUUGAGAGUGUAGCUCAAAAUUUGAUGAAGAAAACGUCCUGGAAUUACUAUUCUACUGGAUCAGAUGACGAAUUUACUCUACGAGAAAACAGCCAAUCUUUCCAACAAAUACGCUUCCGACCCAAAGUUAUGGUCAACGUGGAACAUGUGGAUAUCUCGACAAACUUCCUUGGCUCACGCACUUCCGCUCCAAUUUAUAUCUCAGCCACAGCACAUGCAAAAAUCGCUGACCCAGAAGGCGAGGUAACUCUGGCAAGAGCGAGUAACAAGCAUGAUAUCAUCCAAAUGAUACCCUUGUACUCUUCUUUCCCACUCGAAGACAUCACCAAAGCGAGAGAGCCAGAUCGUACCCAGUGGUUUCAGGUGUACGUCAAGAAAGAUCGAAACGUAACAAGAAGAGCUAUCGAGAAUGCCGAGAAACAUGGCUGCAAGGCACUUUGCAUCACCGUUGAUAAUCCCCAUCUAGGAAGCCGCGAAAGAGUCCUCCGACUACAGCAGAGCGAGGCUGAUGAAGACGGGGACGACGAUGAGUUUGAAGACUUGCCAGCCACAGAACUUGACCCUUCACUGAUCAUGAACUCGACUCUCAGCUGGGACGAUAUUUCGUGGUUUCGAAGUAUCACCAAAAUGGCUAUUGUACUCAAGGGAGUGCAGAGGGUAGAAGAUGUUGUCAAAGCGGCCGAAUGCGGCAUCGAAGCUGUAAUCCUCUCUAACCAUGGGGGCCGACAGUUGGACUAUUCUGAACCCCCGAUAGAGGUCCUCGCCGAAGUUAUGCCUACCCUACGAGAACUAGGGCUGCAUGACAAGAUCGAGGUCUAUCUAGAUGGAGGAAUUCGCAGAGGUUCCGAUAUUCUGAAAGCCUUGUGUCUGGGCGCUCGAGGAGUUGGUAUUGGCCGUCCUUUCCUCUACGCUAUGGCGGGAUAUGGACAAAAGGGUGUUGAGAAAGCAAUCCGGAUUUAUAAAGACGAGCUAGAGCGUAAUAUGCGCCUUCUUGGAUGUACCUCUAUGGAUCAGCUCCAUCCAGGGUUGGUCAAGAUGCUUGGACAAGUUCGACAAAAGCUAUGA